ACACACUGUUUUGUCUGAUUUCAGAUUGAUGUAUUGCAGUUUGUCAGAGAUCAGCUGUAAAUCUAUGGUCUCAGCUCUGAAGAAAAACCCGUCCAAUCUGACAGAACUGGACCUGAGCUGGAACGAACUGCAGUAUUCAGGAUUUCUUCAUUUGUGUGGUUUUCUGGAGAGUCCAGACUGCAGACUGCAGACUCUGAGGUUGAAAGACUGCAGUAUGCCAGAGAUCAGCUGUGAAGCUCUGGGCUCAGCUCUGAAGAAAAACCCGUCUAAUCUGACAGAACUGGACCUGAGCGGGAACAACCUGCAGGAUUCGGGAUUUCUUCCUCUGUGUGGUUUUCUGCAGAGUCCAGACUGCAGACUGCAGACUCUGAGACUCCUUUAAAGCGCGUGCAGAAGAAGCAGCCGUGCACGCUCACAUGCACUCUGAGUCCUGCUGCUGUGUUUCAGCAGAUGCAGCUGAGAGUCCAGCGGCUGAUGUUUGUGAGCAGACAGUGACAGAGUCAUGCUGCAGCUGGAUGCUGCUCUGACAG